UUGAGUACUUAAUCCUGGCCACCAUCAUCGCCAACUGCAUCGUACUGGCCCUGGAGCAGCACCUACCAGCCAGCGACAAGACACCUAUGUCAGAACGCCUGGAUGACACAGAGCCCUACUUUAUUGGAAUAUUCUGUUUCGAGGGCGGCAUUAAGAUCAUCGCCUUGGGCUUUGCAUUCCACAAAGGCUCGUACCUCCGCAACGGCUGGAACGUAAUGGACUUUGUGGUCGUCCUCACUGGGAUCCUUGCUACGGUGGGCUCAGACUUUGACCUGAGGACUCUGCGGGCAGUGAGAGUACUCAGACCUCUCAAACUGGUGUCUGGCAUCCCCAGUCUUCAGGUGGUAUUGAAGUCUAUCAUGAAGGCCAUGGUGCCUCUGCUCCAGAUAGGCAUGCUGCUCUUCUUCGCCAUACUCAUGUUUGCCAUCAUCGGAGUGGAGUUCUACAUGGGCAAGUUCCACUCCACUUGCUUCACUGUCGACACUGGUGAGCGUGCGGCAGCGUUCCCCUGUGGCACGGAGGCCCCAUCCAGGAUGUGUCCUAACGGUACAGAGUGUACAGAGUACUGGAUCGGCCCCAACUACGGCAUCACCAACUUUGACAACAUCCUGUUCGCCGUGCUCACUGUCUUCCAGUGCAUCACCAUGGAGGGAUGGGUGGACAUCCUCUACAACGCCAAUGAUGCCUCGGGGAACACCUGGAACUGGCUCUACUUCAUCCCCCUCAUCAUCAUCGGAUCCUUCUUCAUGCUCAACCUGGUCCUGGGUGUCUUAUCAGGGGAGUUUGCCAAAGAGAGAGAGCGUGUGGAGAAGAGGCAGGACUUUCUGAAGCUGAGGAGACAGCAGCAGAUAGAGAGAGAGCUGACGGGGUACCUGGAGUGGAUAUGCAAGGCAGAGGAGGUGCUGCUGGCGGAGGAGGAUGAGAACGCGGAGGAGAAGUCCCCUCUGGACGUGUUGAAGCGAGGCAAGGUCAAGAAGAGUAAGAAUGAGCUGAUCGGUGCUGAGGAGGGAGACGAUCACUUCACUGACAUGUCCUCUGUUGUUCCCCCGGGCUCACCGUUUGGCCGGGCCAGCGUGAAGAGCAUGAAGCUGGACAGUUCAUCCUACUUCCGUCGCAAGGAGAGGAGGAUGCGUUUCUUCAUCCGUCGCAUGGUCAAAGCCCAGAGCUUCUACUGGACAGUCCUUUGCCUGGUGGGGCUCAACACACUGUGUGUGGCCAUCGUCCACUAUGACCAACCCGAGUGGCUCACCACUGCCCUGUACCUGGCAGAGUUUGUGUUCCUGGGUCUGUUUCUGUCUGAGAUGAGCCUGAAGAUGUACGGCCUGGGAGCCAGGAACUACUUCCAUUCCUCUUUCAACUGCUUCGACUUUGGUGUGAUAAUAGGGAGUAUACUUGAGGUGGUGUGGUCGAUGAUCAAACCAGGGGCAUCCUAUGGCAUUAGUGUACUGAGGGCUCUUCGUCUGCUCAGGUUGUUCAAGUUUACCAAGUACUGGAACUCCCUGAGGAACCUGGUGGUGUCUCUGCUCAACUCCAUGAAGUCCAUUAUCAGCUUGCUCUUCCUCCUCUUCCUCUUCAUUGUGGUCUUUGCUCUGCUGGGCAUGCAACUUUUUGGAGGACAGUUUAAUUUCGAAGAGGAGACGCCGACGACCAACUUCGAUACCUUCCCGGCGGCCAUUCUCACCGUCUUCCAGAUUCUGACUGGCGAGGAUUGGAAUGCAGUAAUGUAUCAUGGCAUUGAGUCUCAGGGGGGCGUGCGGCGGGGAAUGUUCUCCUCGGUCUACUUCAUCGUCCUCACACUCUUUGGAAACUACACUCUCCUGAACGUCUUCUUGGCUAUCGCCGUCGACAACCUCGCCAAUGCACAGGAGCUCACCAAGGAUGAGGAGAAGCAGGAGGAAGAAGCCAAUAAGAAGCUGGCCCUGCAGAAGGCCAUGGAGGUGAAGGAGGUCAGCCCCGUGUCAGCAGCUAACAUCUCCAUCGCUGUUUUUGUAAAGCAAAAUCGAGAUGUACUCUCUCGCAGCUCGUCCGUCUCCAGCGUACAUUCACCUAAGGAGCAGCAGAGAGCCAAUAAGAUUAUGUCAGUGUGGGAGCAGCGCACCAACCAGCUGCGUCAAAACAACUUGAGGGCCAGCUCAGAGGCUCUGUUCAAUGAGCUGGACCCAGAGGAACGCCUGCGUGUCUCCUCCGCCCUCCACCUGCGCCCCGAUAUGAAGACCCACAACGACCGCCCCCUAGUGGUGGAGCCAGGCAAUGGGGACAAACCACGACCCCCCAAGGAGGACAGAGAUGGAGCAGACCCCCAGCAAGAGGGAGGAGACCCCUACGGCCCACAACUCCGCAAGCACCACCGUCACCGGGAGAGGAAUGGGGAGAACGGGGAGAGCAGGCAUCACACCCACCACAGCCGCAGUAGGGACCACUACCACCCAGACGGGCCCCGGCCCAAAGAAGGAAAGGUGGAGAGGAGCCAUAGUCGAGAGGGGGGCCAGGGCCACAGGCACCAUCACCAGGCUGGAUCCCCGGAAGAAGGGGUGAACGGAGGGGGGGAGGAGAGGGAGCACCGCCACCACCACUCCCACAGACAGCCCCGAGAGGGAAACGGGGCCCUGGCUAACGGGGCCAGAGUGGAGAGGAAGGGCCGGGGUCACAAGGAGGGGAACGGAGAGGGGAACGGAGAGAGGAGGAGAUACCGCUCCCGCAUGGUCAGGGCCCAGUCAACUCUGGAUGGAGAGGAGUGCAGAGAGAAUGGAAAGAGAGAUGGAGACUGGGACCAGGGACACAGAGCUUCACUGGACGCUCAAGGGGAGAGCCUGGCCACCAGCCCUGUGCAGCCUCCUGCAGGUCUGCAGGCCGGAGAGAAGCAAGAGGAUGCAGACAACCAGAAGAACAGCCACAGAGCCAGCCAGGCAGGCCUCAACAGCAACACUGUCCACAUCCCUGUCACCAUCACUGCCCCGCCCAGAGAGACUACCAUCAUACCCAUGAAUAACAUAGACCGUGAGAGCCUCCCCCUGAACGAGGAGAAGAAGAACUUAGAGGAGGAUGAGGAGGAGCUGAAGAACGGCCCCAAACACAUUCUACCCUACAGCUCCAUGUUUGUGUUCGGGCAGACCAACCCGGUGCGUCGGCUGUGCCACUACGUGGUGAACCUGCGUUACUUUGAGAUGUGUAUCCUGUCGGUCAUCACCAUGAGCAGCAUAGCCCUGGCUGCUGAAGACCCUGUGCAGGCCAAUGCACCACGCAAUAACGUGCUCAAAUACCUGGACUACGUCUUCACGGGAGUGUUCACCUUUGAAAUGGUGAUUAAGAUGAUAGACCUGGGACUACUCCUCCAUCCUGGUUCUUACUUCCGCGACCUGUGGAACAUCCUGGACUUUAUCGUGGUCAGUGGAGCUCUGGUGGCGUUCGCCUGCUCAGGAACUAAAGGCAAGGACAUCAACACCAUCAAGUCACUCAGGGUGCUGCGAGUCCUGAGGCCCCUGAAGACCAUUAAACGACUGCCCAAGCUCAAGGCUGUGUUUGACUGCGUGGUCAACUCUCUGAAGAACGUGCUCAACAUCCUCAUUGUCUACAUGCUCUUCAUGUUCAUCUUCGCUGUGAUCGCUGUGCAGUUGUUCAAGGGCAAGUUCUUCUACUGCACCGAUGAGUCUAAAAGUCUGGAGAAGGACUGCAGGGGUAAGUUUCUGGACUAUGACCGUGAUGACGUGGCUGCCCAGGAUCGUGAGUGGAGAAAGUACGAGUUCCAUUAUGAUAACGUGCUGUGGGCCUUCCUCACCCUCUUCACCGUCUCCACUGGGGAGGGCUGGCCAAUGGUCCUAAAGCAUUCUGUGGAUGCCACCUAUGAGGACCAGGGCCCCAGCCCAGGCUUCCGUAUGGAGACCUCUAUCUUCUAUGUGGUCUACUUUGUGGUCUUUCCCUUCUUCUUCGUCAACAUCUUUGUGGCUCUCAUCAUCAUCACCUUCCAGGAACAGGGAGACAAGGCAAUGUCAGAGUGUAGUCUGGAGAAGAACGAGAGAGCUUGUAUCGACUUUGCCAUCAAUGCCAAGCCUCUGACGCGCUACAUGCCAGCUGACAAGCAGUCGUUUCAGUAUAAGAUGUGGAAGUUUGUGGUGUCGCCGCCCUUUGAGUACUCCAUCAUGACCAUGAUCGCACUCAACACUGUGGUGCUGAUGAUGAAGUUUCACGGUGCUCCGGAGCUGUACGAGGCCAUGCUGAAGUACCUGAACAUCGUGUUCACAGCUCUCUUCACACUGGAGUGCAUCCUGAAGAUCAUCGCUUUUGGACCACUGAAUUACCUGAAGGCAGCCUGGAACGUGUUUGACUUUGUGACAGUUUUGGGAAGUAUCACGGACAUCUUGGUCACAGAGAUUAAGACGGACAAGCUGAUCAACCUGAGUUUCCUGAGGCUUUUCAGGGCGGCCAGGCUCAUCAAGCUAUUGAGGCAGGGCUAUACCAUCCGCAUCCUGCUGUGGACCUUUGUCCAGUCCUUCAAGGCUCUACCUUACGUCUGCCUCCUCAUCGCUAUGCUCUUCUUCAUCUAUGCCAUCAUCGGCAUGCAGGUGUUUGGAAACAUUGAGCUGAAUGAGGAAUCGGCCAUCAACCACCACAACAACUUCCAGACAUUCUUUCAGGCUCUGAUGCUUCUGUUCAGGAGUGCAACAGGCGAGGCGUGGCAUGAGAUCAUGCUGUCGUGUCUGAGUAACCGUCCGUGUGAUAAACUGUCAGGGUCUGGAGGGAAGGAAUGCGGCAGUGAUUUUGCUUACUUCUACUUUGUCUCCUUCAUCUUCCUCUGCUCCUUCCUGAUGCUCAACCUUUUUGUGGCGGUCAUCAUGGACAACUUUGAGUACCUAACCAGAGAUGCCUCCAUCCUGGGGCCUCACCACCUGGACGAAUUUAUCCGCGUCUGGGCCGAGUACGACCCUGCUGCCUGUGGCCGUAUGACCUACCUUGAUAUGCACGAGAUGCUCCGCCACAUGUCCCCUCCUCUAGGUGUGGGAAAGAAAUGCCCGCCCAGAAUCGCCUAUAAGCGAUUGGUCAAAAUGAACAUGCCCAUCGCCGAUGACAAUACGGUGCACUUCACGUCCACGCUGAUGGCUCUCAUCCGCACUGCUCUGGAGAUCAAACUGGCAUCUGGGGUGCUGGCUCAGCGCCUGUGUGAUGCUGAUCUGAGGAAGGAGAUCUCCAGAGUCUGGCCUAACCUGCCUCAGAAGACUGUUGACCUGCUGGUCACACCAUAUAAAAUUGAUGAGUUCAAUGAGCUCAUAUGCCCCUUUGCGGUUGUAAACCGAGAGCUGACAGUGGGGAAGGUCUAUGCUGCCCUCAUGAUCUUUGACUACUACAAGCAGAACCGGGCCAAGAGGCUGGAACAGCAACUGGGACUGGACUUCACAGGGACAAUUAAGAAUAAAAAGGGUGCAGCCUUCUUCCGCCCCAUGAUGCCCAUGACCCAUAUGCAGGAGGAGACGCCAAUCACCACUGCCAAGCCCCCGCCCCCCUCACAACCUGAACCAGAGCCUCAGCCAGAGCCCCCGCCCGUCACCACCUCUCUAACCAAUGGUGACACAGUACCAAGCCCUAGAAGUGCCAUAAAAGAGUCCAUAUCAGGAGAUCAGCUGUCUCAGGAGGGCCAGCGGUCCAGCACUAACAGUCGGACUGUACAGCGGGGCCAGUCAGAGGACGUGCCCUACUCCAUCAAACCUCAGGAACCAGUGGAGAUGAGGCAGGUGGAGAACGGUGCUGAUUUAGAGGGCUACUUUGGUCUGGAGGGCCAUGGCAGAGCAGCCUCCAUGCCUAGACUGGACUCCCAGUACUAUCCUAUCCCUGACAUCAGUCCUAUCAGGCGGUCGGCAUCCACAUUGGCUUCCCAGCGCCCCCAGGAGGUGAGUCUGAGGGACCACACCCUGGAGAGGCCUAGCCAAGCCCAGGCCCAGUCAUCCUCAGCCCCAGGCCAGGCCCAAGACAGGCCCUACCACCAUCACCACCACCACCGCUGUCACAGACGCAGGGACAAGGACAGGGACAAGAAGCAGAAGUCACUCGACAGGGCGUCCAGCGUGCAGCCUUCUAGUAUAGCAGGUUUGCCUGCUGAUCCUGCCGUGGAGGGCUUGUCCAUGGAGCGGGCGAGGGAGCGUGACCGAGGCAGGCCUCAGGAGAGGAGGCAUCACUCUGCUGCCGGGGAGAAGCAGCGCUACUACUCCUGUGAGCGCUACGGAGGCAGGGAGCACUACCACACCAAGUCAGCCGGACCGAGCCGCUCCACCUCCCCUGGAGAGACCCAUGACCUAGGCCUCUUCAAGCAGAGUAUCGGCAUGGCUAAAGGCAGCCAAGUGGUCUUAACUUCAGCGUUCAGCACGCCCUGCCGUGGGCGCAGACAGCUCCCCCAGACCCCCCUCACCCCCCGCCCCGCCGUGGCCUACAAGACCGCCAACUCCUCACCUGUGCAGUUUGGUGCCACGGGGCACAAGUCCAGUCUCAGCCGGGGCCUCUCGGAGCAUAGCACCCUGCUGGAGUCACCCGCCAUGCCCGUCACCCGCAUCGGCUCAGACCCCAACCUGAGCCCCCAGUCGCGGGGUGCCCCUCGACACAGCCUCCCUGAGGAGCCUGAUGACUUCCAGGACGCUGUGAGCACCCAUGGAGGGGGAGGUGGACGCUCCCCCAGGACCUCUGCCUCAGCUUCCCAUGGGGCUACUGAGCCUUCCUCUGCACCUGCCCCACAGGGCCGGGCUGGGGUCCCAAACGGGUACCACUUCACUCUGGGGGUCAACGCCGGUUCGAGUUCCAGCACCAGAGGAACUGGGAGCUUCCGGGAGAAGGAAGAGGAUGACUGGUGUUAGCGUAGCUUACAUCCCCCUUCACAUGUCUGAAAGCGUUUUAGCUUGAACGUUGAUGAACUCACUCAUCUUUUGUACAGAUUACAGUACAGUGUUGAUAAUGUAAAAUAUAUGCCAUUUAGCAGACACUUUUAGCCAAAGCAACUUACAGUCAUGCGUGCAUACAUUGUAUGUAUGGGUAGUCCCAGGACUCAAACCCACGACCCUGGCAUUGCAAGCACCAUGCUCUACCAACUGAGCUACAGAGGGCCACAUGUCAGUUGAUAUCAGUUCCUGCGUGCUCAUAGGUGGCCAAUGGAGACAGGUAUAUUCCAAGAUGUGUUAAACAUACGGAAAGUACUCUGAAAAGGAAAACCAUUCUUAGGGAUGUUUUCUCUUUUCUUGGCAAAUGGCACUAAAGGAAGGACACCUGAUAUUACAUUUUAUCAAUUCCAUUCUUUCACUGAAAUGAAAGCUUUGAUGGUGUGCAGAGCACAUGUGAAAUCCCUGUGAAUAUUUAAAGCACUGGUCAGUCAAAUAGUUCUAAUAGAUGAAAAAAAAGCCUAAAUGUCUUCCUACGGCCUUUGGAGGAAAACAACUAAGACUGUGAACUGUGUUUCUCUACAGUAUUGACCAGAUCAAAGCCUUUCUGUCCCCCUCUGUCCAGAUCUAAAAUGGGACUACGUUCUAUUGCUGGCUAAAGGACAAAACACACCAUGCCUAUGAACGGUUAAAAGCAGCAGGUGGCUGUCCUGUCGCCAGAAUAACGGGCGCCAUUUUCUAUUAAUUUCUACACGAUGAAUCGCCCCUGCUAGUUGACACCCAGCUGGUGAUCUACUGUGCAUGGGCCGACGUUCGUUAUGGUGUGUCUUGUCCUGUAGUGUGUCUGCUGGCACUGGAAGUAAUAUGAGUAGAACCAGGAGGAACAAGUGAUGAUAAUGAUGCACUACCACCCAAUCCCUUCCCUCUCUGCAGAAAAUCCUUUAGUAUCUCUUUAACUCUUUCUACACAAGAGCGUUGUUAGACUCCUUAGUACACUCUUAGAAAAAAAGCUUCCAAAAGGUUUUUUGGGCCCUUAGGAGAACCCUUUUAGGUUCCCUGUUGAACUCUAUGUGAAAAGGGUUCUAUAUGGAACCCAAAAGGCUUCUACCUGAAAUCAAAAGGGUUCUACCUGGAACCAAAAAGGGUUCUCCUAUGGGGACAGACGUAUAACCCUUUUAGGUUCUAGAUAGCACAUUGUUUUCUAAGUGUGUAUUACCAGAGUCAUAUAUAGAGAGUUGGGUCAAUGCACUUUUUGUCUGAAUGUUCCGAGACUGCCACUUUCUCCUCUAUAACCGUGGAUAAUUGAUAAUUGGCGUUGUGCAGACUUGCAUACACAUCAUUCCAAAUGCUAAUCAAUAGAAAUGUAUGUUAAAUUCGCUGCUCUGUUUUGCUUGUUUACAACGGGUCAUUUCUUAGGGAACUGUCAUAGGCGCUCUCGUAUUGUUACAUCGCCAACAUUUCAAGAAUAGAGUUUUAUAUGGGUUCUAACAUGGCGGAUGUUCUAAAACCUGGCCUAAUUUCCUCUUUCUAUAACUCUGGGUAUUACAGUAAGAUGCAUUACGGAGAGUAUAUGGUUAAGGAGGUAUAGUAUUGCUGCUGUUUUCCCAUGUCACCUAUGACAUGUUGAACUAUUUCUGAACAACCCAAAACACAGAAGGACUGAAGAUUCAAAUUUAUUUUUUAUGGAACUAUAACAUUAAAUGGAAUAUCUUUUCAUGAUGUUCAUUUUUUGUAAGUUGUACCUAGUGCAAAUGAUAUGAGUGUGGUUGGGUCGGUCAACUCUUUCUAACGUACUGCUCUAGUGGCUGAAUACCAAGUGCCUAUCAUUAAAUAUAUGUUAUUAUAGUUAUAAUGCAGCCUGACUUUUGUGAUGUAUCAACACUGGAGAGGGGAGGAUGGAACGUAUGAUAUAGGGUUUACGGUAUAGGAGGUAUACAUAGUCACUGUUGUGCAUAUGAGUAAAAAUGUAUAUAGUUGUAAUGCAAAGAGAGGUUUACUGAAUUCAGGGAAUACAGUAACAAGGCUUUCUCUUUGAACCUCCAAUGAGGAAAAGAAUGCAUCAACACAUUUUUUUGGUAAUGAUUAUGUCAAAUAGAGUCAUAAGUAGGUCAGAACUACAGAUCUAAAGCAAGCAAUGUAAUGCAUGCCAGGGUUUUGAACUUGUCGAACUUGUGUUUACUUUUGCUUAAGGGUGUAUACAGAGCUUUUGCCUUUCUCUUCCAAAAAUAUACGCUACUGCCAGAGUUAGAUGGAAGGCAAAGUGGUUCCAAGGGGAAAAAGUGCCAUUUGUGAUUCCCUCCAACUAGGAAAGUUUCACUUUACGUGUUCUUAUUGAUAGAAACAAUAUAUUCAAGUAUCAUGUUUAUAAACACUUGCCUCAUAUCUCUCAUAUAUGAAGAGAAGUAGAUUACAUGUACAGUAUGCUUAUGAAUUCUGCCACUUUUGCCCAUAUCUCAUGGGUUAGUUUUCUUCCAAAUAUAUUUAUCCUGAAGGCAGGGUCGUGUGAAGGCCUUCACUAACUGAUACAUAGCCUACAACUUUGUGUCUUCGCAGGUAUUGAAGGGUUGCGUUGACAGUUGACUCUUUCAAGUAGGGCUAUGCAACAAGAUGACACUUUUGGACUAACUCUCACUUGCCCUGUAACUUUACCCUCUGGGUUCUCCAGAUUCAGGCUUUAGCACGAUUGUGACCAAAUUUGACUUUGGAUAUGAGUCCAAAGAGUUGUAAAAAUGCAAAUGUAGUAUAUUAUGUACAUUGAAAAUGCAUUGACAAAGGCACAAUUAUUAACAAUUGAAUUAUGUCAAACAGGACAUUUUGAGUUCAGCAAGUCUAUUGCAUGUAGCCUGAUACAACCACCCAGAUGUAAACAUGUGUGUAAACAUUUAUUUGGAUCUAUUUUGUUUUCUAGCGUCAGAUGUAUUGCGCAAUCUAUUUGAUGGAUCGUCAAAAGGUGAAGUACUAGACUUUGAAUCGAAGACUUUACAUUUGAACAUGGCUAUUUAUAGGGGAAGGUACAGUAGCAUUGUAGAUUGCAAGACUCUUCCUUGGCCUCUAAAAGCCACUUUAUGGUGCCCUAGUUGAGGAGAAAGCAGUGUGCACCCCUAGAUCUGUGAACAGAUCCUUUAUUUUUUUCAACCUAACCCACCCCACCCCAACCCUCCGUUAAUUAGAGUGCCAAUUUUAAAACCACACCAGUUUGUCUCUGCAUACCUCAUCCAGAUUUCCUGUGGCUAUAUUCCCUGGACAUGUCAUGUUUGCAUGUUAUGAAAAGUAUGUGCAUGUGCAAAAAUAAUAUUUUUUUUAUACAAUCUAUUCACUGGUUGUAUUUUCUGAAGAUCUUUAAAUCAUAUGUUUUUGUUUCUGGAAAGACAAAAGAGCUUAAAUAUCAACAUUUAAACAAAAGUAUUGAACUAUAUUUGAACCAUAUGUGUGGUUUAGUGAAGAAGGAUUAUUUUCUGAGGUUCUGGAGCAACUGGGUCCUUUACUGUCGAAUAUGUUAUAUGACUGUCAAUCCUACAGUCAUUUAUACCAUUACAUUUUGUAUGAAUUGAAGACCUUGAAUAAAGAUAUACGAAAAUGAAUAC